AUGACCCAAGGACCUCUACUUCAUUGUCCGUCAUACUCAAUGAAUUCAUUAGAAUUUAGUUUAUCACUCUGCUGCAGUAAUAAAAUUGGUAAAUUCACGUCAUUAGUGUUUGAGUUCUUAUCGAAUACUAUUCCCGUCCAAUCUAUGGUAUAUUGCAAAGAAAUGUCAUGCAAAAGGGAAAAUCUGCAAAGAUUAAUCAAGCAUGACGUUACUUCAUUUAGCAAUACCUCUAUUUUGAAUAGUAUGGAACGAUUUAUUCGAACAGUGCGUGAGAUGGAAGAUACGAUUUUAAUUCCCAGUCGGCUUCUAGACUUAACUGUAGGCGACUCGCAAGAUAAACUUCAAUUGGAAGACAAACGUGGUUCUGUCAUUAAAGCAACGUUGGCUAACGUCGACUUGUAUCGCAUUUACAACAUUGUCAAUCAAAUCAAGGUCGAAGUGUUAUGGUCGCAGGACCAUAUGAACGAUGUUCAAAAUUUAGAGGAGGAUCCGGUGUUGUUGGAAAAGUUUAUACGCGCUAGGAAUUCGAGUAGUACGUCGAUGCACAGUGUACAAAGUGUCUGCACUUCUUACAAUUCGGAAUUUGAUAUUGUAACUGAGAAUGAUUCCGAAGCGGAGAAUGAAGAUAGUGUUACCGUUGCUGCACGAUCUUUUAAAAAACACCUGCACGGAUUGCAUCAUAACAUCGAAAAGAUGAUCCUGGUCGCCGAAUAUUUAAUAUUACGAUACCAAACUGCCAUCAAUAGUCAAGCAUAAUCGUUCCUUGAAUGAUUAGAACUAUGUUACGAACUCCAUUCGAUGAGAUACUUAAACAGAUAUUGUAAACUAAUACAUUGUAUGCAUGGCACGUUAGUGAUAUUUAAUGUACCGUUUCUAUUACGUCUAUUAACUAUUAAAUAAAAGUUGCAGUUUUAAAUA